CGCGAUACUUUGAAACACAUGGCCGCCCCCAGUGUUUACAACUCGUAAUGAAUUGGUGAAUAGAAACACAAAGUCCCGGCGUAGAAGGACGUCGAAUAUUUUUGUAUGCUAUUCGUACUCUCCGGCUUUAGCUGAAACUUUAACACCGUCGAAGAGAAACGUGUUUAUAACCAAACAAGCAGAAUCAAAGGCCAGGCAAGUCACAACACAGGCUAGUGGGUGCUGUGAUGUCCUCGACCCCCAGCAGACUCAAACACCCACACUGCAGGAAGAAGCACUACCCUAGUAGCACUUACCUCACCCACGUCUGACAGCCAACCAUUGGAAGCAAGGCACUUGGACUUGACAGGAGAGAUUGAUAAACAAAGAGAGAUGUCUGACUCAGCUGGAAGUGGUGAAAGCGGAGGUGUGGCAGGCGCAGGGCAGGACGCAGAAGCGGAUAAUGAGCCCCCUCAACAGGCACCACCUUUACCUGAAGGUGAGAGCUUAGAGGUAGGGGAGACCUCAGAAGAAGGGGCACCUACGUCUGCCAAGCGGCCCAGAAUGAGCGAGGAGGAACAGGGACUGGAGCAGGUUGCGAAGCCCGCCAAGAUGCACGGAGCAACACUGGCACAGGCUGACUUGCUGCAAGAAGACCCAGCCCCACCAGCACAAAGAACAGGAGAACCACUGCAAUGUGAGGAGGAAGGUCAGGAAGGGGAGGAGGUGCCUGUCAGUGGGGGACAUGAAGAAAAAUGCCAUCAGAAUGGAGAUGGAGGGCGUGAUGCCCCCUUAGAAGGAGGAGAGACUGAACCAGAGAAGGAGCACAACGGUAACAGAUCUGCAGACAGCCCCAGUGAUGGACAGCACCUAGGCCUAGAUUUGACCCAUAACCCCCAGAUGCUGACUGGUUCCUGGACCGAGUACUCCAACCUUCCAGAGAACUACCUCAAAGGCUGCAAAUGGGCUCCAGAUGGUUCCUGUAUCCUGACCAACAGUGCAGACAAUGUGCUCCGUGUGUACAACCUCCCUCCAGAGAUUUACAGCUACAACUGGGACUUGCUUGCUGAGAUGAGUCCAGCGCUGAGAAUGGCAGAAGGAGACACCAUCUACGACUACUGCUGGUACCCCAAGAUGAACUCUCUGGACCCGGACACAUGCUUUCUAGCGAGCAGUAGCCGUGACAACCCAGUCCAUGUGUGGGAUGCAUUUUACGGGGAGGUGCGAGCCAGUUUCCGACCCUACAAUCACCUGGAUGAGCUGACGGCAGCCCACUCCCUCUGCUUCUCGCCGGAUGGAACGCAGCUCUACUGCGGCUUUGACAAAACUGUCAGGGUCUUCUACACUGAGCGUCCUGGCAGAGACUGUGAGGAGCGGCCCACCAUAGUGAAGAAGCAGGGCCAAAGUGGCAUCAUCUCCUGCUUUGGCUUCAGCCCCUGCCAGUCUGUUUAUGCCUGUGGCUCUUACUCCCGCUGCGCUGGCCUCUACUCCUGCCAAGACGGCACCCUGCUGGCUCUGCUGCCGACCCGCCACCACGGAGGCCUCACCCAUCUGCUCUUCUCCCCUGACGGCAACUACCUGUACACCGGCGGGCGCAAGGAUCCAGAAAUCCUGUGCUGGGACCUAAGAGAGCCAGGCAAGGUUGUGUUUUCACUUAAGAGAAACGUGGCCACUAACCAGCGCAUCUACUUUGACCUGGACCUGUCAGGCAGGUACCUGCUGAGCGGUGACACAGAGGGAGUGGUGUCAAUAUGGGACACCCAGACAGCUCCUCCUGAUAGUAACGAGGAGCUAUUGCAACCUCAGCUGAGGUUCCAGACCCACUGGGACUGCACCAACGGCAUCAGUAUUCAUCCCUUUAUGCCAUUGUUGGCAACAUCUAGCGGGCAGCGUCAGUUCCCGUGGCCUGGGGACAGUGAGGGUGACUCGGCCUCUGACGGCGAGGGAAGUAAAGCUGUGAUGUCACCGCAGGAGAUCCGUCAAGACAACGCCCUGACUCUGUGGUGGGCCGGGCCGCUCGGCCCUGCCACAGAGGGGAACCAAGAGCCGAGUACAGCGGUGGUGGAGGCCUGAAGCACCUGCCACGUGAUAUGUAUUUCGGGAAUGUUUGGUAUGGAUAAACCCAAUUAUGGGUCUGUCAGAUUCUCUUUGCCAUCAGCAACAUGAAGUCCCGAGGUGGAAAAUUUCAUUUCUGGAUCAUUUCUAAACAUCCGGUUACCUUAAACAUUAGCAUAUUUGCAGUCCAAAUAAAUUUCAGAAAUUGAGUCUUAACAUAUCACCUGCAAGUUUACAGCCUUUACAGACACAGUACUCACACUUGCAAAGUUAAAAUUAAAGAAUUAUGAAACAUUGCACAUCAGGUUGGAACAGAAACAGGGUUCUGUGUUUGAAGACUUCAUUGUUGUAAUGCCAAUUGGGUAAAUAAGAAUUGGGACUAUAUGCCAAGACUCUGGGUCAAUGAUAAAAGCAAGGAGGUUUUCUUUAAAACCUUACUCUGGUUACAUCUUGUGAGUUUCAUAAUAAGUGGAGCCUGAUAUUUCUCUUUGUUUUGUUAUUUGAUUAGUGAACAUUUGUUUUGGGUUUUUUUUUUUUUUUUUAUCCAGUCAAGAUGAAAUAUAAUGAAUAUUUUAUGAAAUCUUUGUUCACUUUUUUGUUUAUGGGGAAUCUACUCCCUGAAUUGGAUGAAUUUGGUCGAAUUGAAAGCCUUGACUGUGGUGUGAAGCGGCCCAUCAGUGUCUACUGAUUGAACCUCCGACCUGAGUUCUGUAGGAGUAUUUGUUUACGUGUGUGUGGCUGUAAUGCUGCCCCGGAGAUUCCUAACUGCUAUAGUUACAGUAAAGUGCCAUUUGUUCUUGAGCUUUUGCUUUUGUAAACUCAUGGGAUCUCCUGUUUUUACCUUCUUUUUUAAACUAUUGGACGCACCAAGUGUUGUGUCGCUCUGUGCAUGCCCACAAAUGUAUAUUUUUGUAAAGCCAUGAUGAUCAUUCUAAUUUUCCGAAUGUAUACUCUGUAAGCAGCCAGCUUGUUUACUGUAACCUCAUAACAAUCUGUGAAAGUCAGUGGGUGCACCUGGAAAACAAGUGAUGUCUUGAUUAUUUUUUUCUACAGAUUGUGCUCAGAUUACAUUUGUACCUGUGUGAGUGGUGAUGUGGCAGCACAAAACACAUUGUAUUUGUAUAAUUGCAUUAAUAAUGUACUGCAGUGAUUUUUUUUUUCUCAAUGCUUAUGUUGCCAUCAGUGGGGUGUGCUUUGCUGUAGAGUUUCUUUGCAGGUUGAUCAGAAGGAGGCACAGCACGCUCCAGCCUAAGCCAUUUAUCUUCAGACACUGAGGAACCUAUCAAUUUUGAAGCCUGUGUUGAUCCAGGUUUUACUUCUUGGCGCUCAAAUUUGUUGCCAAGUAAUAAUAGCUACAAUGGUGUAGCUACUGUCACACAAUACUACACAAAUUUGCUCUACCAGGAAGCAUUAGGAACCAUGUAGGCCUUGAUGUCACAUAAGUCUCUAGAUAGAUGGCUGUGUCCACGACAGGUGGCUUUCUGGUGGUUUUAUUCAAGCUGGAGUGAAUUAAAAGUAUAUCUCUUCACAGA